AUGCUCACCCAUCAAUCACAGUGAGUCAGGACUCAUGGACGUUGGGCCUUGGCUCGUUCUCGCAAGUGUGCCUGAGCGCAUGGUCUUUUCUGCUUUUGCUGCAAGAGUUUGACGCCGAGGACUCAAGCGCGCGCGACCUCUACCCUCCUUGCAGUAAGCCGUGCCCGCACGCCUGCCCCUCUUGCAAUAAGCCGUGCCCCGCACGCCUGCCUCGAGCCUUGGUCUGUAAGCCGCACUUGCGCAAGAGUUUACCAAGCCCGCUCCUGCCGCACCUUUCAGUUCCCACUGCUUGCCGUUGCCGUACCAGUAUCGCUGUGUACCUCUGCCACCUCCUGCCAAGGUCAGUGGCCUUCCUUGAACUCUUCCUGCCGCCAUUUGGCUGACAGGUUCAGAGCUUCUCACAGGACCCCCCCAGCGAUACCGUACAGCUUCCGCCUUCCAGUCUUCUGCCUUACCAGUUGACGACGAACAGCUGCCACUGUCCGUCCGCCUGCACCUGCCAGUGCUGCGCCUCUUUCGUGUUCGACUGCGUCUCGCUCAAAGAGCCGAGGUACAUCACCCACCUUCAGGCUCUACCUUAGGGUACUCCUGCUCUCGACUGUCCUUGUUGGACACGUUGACUGACUUGGCUACACUGCUACACAGACCCACCCUCGACGUGCCAGCGUCCGAGGUCUGUUUUCCCUUUGCCUGCACCUGCCAGUGCUGCGCCUCUCUCCCGUUCGCCUGCGUCUCGCUCAAAGAGCCGAGGUACAUCACCCCCCUUCAGGCUCUACCUUAG